AUGGCAGAAGUUUUCGUUGGCACCUGGAAGCUGGUUGACAGCAAGAACUUCGAUGACUACAUGAAGUCCAUUGGCGUUGGAUUUGCCACAAGGCAGGUGGCCAGCAUGACCAAGCCCACCACUAUCAUCGAGGUCAGUGGGGACACCAUCACCAUCAAGACUCAGAGCACUUUCAAGAAAACCGAGAUCUCCUUCAGGCUUGGAGUAGAAUUUGACGAGACAACAGCUGAUGACAGGAAGGUCAAGUCUACCGUCACACUGGAUGGAGGCAAACUUGUCCAUGUGCAGAAGUGGAAUGGGCAGGAGACCACACUCACUGGGCAGCUCCAGGAUGGAAAAUGCAUUCUGACGCUAACCCACUGCAGUGUCGUCUCUGUUAGGACCUAUGAGAAGGAAACAGCUUGAAGCCAGCCCACCUGUUCACUGUCAACUCCUGCAGAUGGCUACCACUGAACUCAACACCAGAUUGCCUCAUUUCUCUCC